AUGAGCGUUCAGGAUGCGGUCGAUGCCUCCGAGCACUACGAGGUGUACAAUACCGACGAUAUUCCAUCGCUUUGCACCAUUAUUAUCGACACCAACCCGCGCGCGUGGUCUGCCAUCGCCGAUGUCCUCCCCAUUUCCAAGGCCAUCGCAAACAUUCUCGUAUUUGUCAAUGCGCAUCUCGCCUUCAGCAACUCGAACCAAGUCGCCCUGAUCGCAGCCCAUACCAACCGCGCCGUAUGGCUCUACCCAACACCACCACAACCCGCGCCGUCCCAGCAGGAUGUCGAUAUGCAAGACGCCGGCCACGGCGCCAAGUUGGCCUCGGCGAACAAGUACCCGCAGUUUGCGCAGAUCGAGAAUUCGCUGUUGACCUCCCUCCGAGCCCUUGUCCACGACACCGUCGACGCCGACCUCUCCUCGACGACCACCCAAAUAUCAGGGGCCCUCACCCUUGCCCUCGCACACAUCAACAAGACCGCUCUCUCCUUCACCGCCUCCUCAACUGCCGCGAAUGCGGUCAACACCACCGGCACCGCGAUGAUCGCAGGUUCAACUGUCGGCCCGACACCCGUAGCCAGCACAUCGACCUCCGGCGGGGGCUUGGCUGGCGUGCACGCGCGCAUCCUGAUCCUCUCUGUCAGCGAUAGCGCCCCUGAGCAAUACAUCCCCACGAUGAACGCCGUGUUUGCGGCCUCCCACGCCCGCAUCGCUAUCGAUACCUUAUCAUUACGCGGGAGCGCCACCUUCCUCGAACAAGCCAGCUUCAUCACGCGCGGGACCUUCAUACGCGCCACCGAGCCCCGCGGCCUCCUCCAAUACCUCAUGUUUGGCUUUGGCAGCGGUUCGGCCCCCUCCAACCCAACCAGCCACAGCGAGGCCGACGCAGGCAAAGGCCCUGACAAAUCCAAAUCCGCCACCGCUACCGCCACCGGUUCCGGAACCACCACCGCCAACAACAAAAACAACAACAACAGCAGCAGCACCACCAACCAACCCCCCAGCGCCCGACUCGGCCUCGGCGCCAGCGUCUCCGAGCUUCUCUACACACCAAGCGCCGACGCCGUCGACUUCCGCGCCGCCUGCUUCUGCCACCGCAACGUCGUCGACACAGGCUUCGUCUGCUCCGUUUGCCUCAGCAUCUUCUGCAGCGUGCCCGAUGGCGCCGAGUGUCUGACCUGCGGCACGGUGCUGGUACUAGGCGAGUAUGGGAAGGCGCCUGUUGUGGCGGUUGGGGGGCCAGCGGCGGCGAAAGAUGUUGGUGCAGGUGGUGGGGAUGGUGUUGGGAAAGGGGGGAAGAGGAAGGCGGGUGUUAAUGGGGAGGUGUAG